AUGAACAGUGCCGAACAACUCACGCUGGUGUGCUACACCUGCGUGUAUCUGCGCUACAUGAAGGACGGCUCGCUGCUGCUGGCGGUACUCGCCGCCGUCGUCGUCUCGCUCGCAGACUUCCUCGCAACGCUCACCACCACGUACCUGAAACACAACUCGCAUCCGCACCACGACAGCUUCACUCCGACCGACUCCCCCGUCGUGCGCGCCAUCGUGCUCAAGGCGCUCCGCUACCUGCAGGUGCUGCUGCUUGUCCAGACGGCGUACCUGCUGCCGUACCACGCGACCCUCGCACAGCCGCACGGGUUUGUCGAUCUGCGCAUCAUCGACGAGCGCGACCGCCAGGGCUCGUGGCAGCUGUGGGCGCUCGACCUCGCCGUCACGCUGCUGGAGCUCGCGCUCAUCUCGGAGGCGCUGCGACCGGAGUACGCCGGCCGCCGGCUGGCGCUGCCGCAGCUGCAGACCCACCGCUACGGGAUCCUCGCUCUGCUGCGCUUCGACACGUGGUCGCCCGCCGUGUGUCGUGACGGGCCCGAGCUCAGCGUGGUCGCCAAGCCUACAACUCGGUACGGGAGCACCGCGACAGCGACCGAGCCGCCGGACGCCCGCGCCCAUGGCUAG